GGCCCGAACGCGCUUGUUGAUGCCUGAGGCCCAAUUUUCGGUUGAGAAUCAUCACAGCCUCCAUUGGCUAAAGCUUCAACGAGCAUCACAUCACGUCACAGAGCAAUUGGUCGCCGCGACACUGUCACUCGGCCGAGAUGCUCCCUCAACGAAUUGUGCGGGCCUCGGCCCUGCGCAGCACCAUGACAGCUGCUCGACGACUUCCCACGAUCCAACGCCGAACCUUCCUCCCCGAUCAGUAUACCGACAAGAAGGUCAUUGACCAGAAGUACCCCGAGCCUCCCAGCUUGAGCGAGGCCGAGGAUCCCGGAAUGAACGGCGGCUACAUCAACCCUCCCCGAAUCAAGCGACAGUUCCGUGACCCUCAUGCGAACUGGUGGGAUCCUCAGGAGCGACGAAACUUUGGUGAACCCAUUCACGAGGAUAACGAUGUUCUUGGAAUCUUUUCUCCCUGGGAGUACACCUGGACUACCACUGGCCCUGGUGCUGUUAUGGUCGGAACCUUUAUCGCCGUUUUCUUGAGCGUUACUGGAGUUGUCUACCUCAACUAUCCCGACCGUCCCGCUUAUCCCCGAGAGUUUGAGGGUGGUUUGGAACGAGAGCUUGGUGGCCCUGGAGCUACAAGGACCGUCCUGCUUGCACCGAGUCGAACUUACACCAUCCCUAAAAUUGGCUCAACAAACUCCUCGUCGCCUUCCUACAAACAUAACAUAACAUCUUGGGUAAGAGCAAAGACAAGCCAUGAUGUCGUCAAUAACAUCUCCCCCAACUCUCAUUCAUCGCUUCUACUCCCCCAUAUCUCCCAUCCGAUCAAGAUGCGUUACGAGGAUUGGGAUGUCCUUCUUUUCGAGGAGGGCUCUAGUAUUCCCUCUCGGGAAUUUAAGGUGACAUGUCAUGUCGUUCAACAUGCGGAGUCCAUGGGCUCUGCUCUUCCCACCCUUACGUGCUUUGUUCCUGGCCUCAACGCUGGAGUUCCCUUUCGUCUGUCUAUCCAUUCUUGGAAAGCAUUAAAGGAUUUAAAUGGUGAUCAUAUCCUCAAUAUUAACAAUUCGGUCCUUGAAACCAGGCUCUUUAUCGAUGGAACUCUUGUUGCGUAUGCUUCCCAUUUGGCUGCUGGUAUCAUUGCUAAUGAUGGCAGAUCUACCUCUGCCACCGGCAGCAUUCGCUUCCCAUUGAUCAUAAACAGGCAAGGUCACGAGAGCCUCAAGUUUCCCUUUUUCCAGCAGGAACUGCUCUAUCAACGUCAUUGGAGCCCAGCCGACAACCUCGGCCGUAUCAAACUCCUCAUCAACCAAAGCUUUUCCAGUGCUUCGCCGAGUGUUUUGUUCACAGGCAAGGUCAACAAGACAGUUGUCUUUUCCUUUCAACAUGCACCCCAACACAUUUUAGAAGGCCUUCAAAUUGCCUGGCCUAACCCAGCCAUGUGGAAUCGUCAACGCCAACCUUCUGCACCAGCUUCUACCGAUAGUUCCCAUGUCAGCUCACGUCCACCACUUUUUGCGCAUCGUGGACUAGCGGGCCCGGAACAUAUUAAUGAUGCCGCUCUUGGAACGAUGUCAUUUUCUGGUUACCCUACAUUUGGAUGCCCAAAUACUCCAGUAAAUGGGCCAACGUCACCAUGGAGUUAUGUUCUCGCCCCGCCAGGAAGAGAAGGGUCACCAUAUGUGUUGGCUUCCGAGAUGCAGCCUCGUAGAAACCAGGAACGAGCAUGGCCGACUUCUCCAAUUUUCACCGACGCCACGUUUAGGUUGGAUCAGACCCAGAAUGCAUCGCAACAGAUGUACCCCCAGCCGAACAGUGCUCCGAUGUCAUUUGUGCAACCUCAGCUACACAGUCCUGCGAUUCAAGGGUCGACCGAAUUCGGCCGAGGAACUCCAAGAAAUCCUGCCAGGCUUAUCUUUGCGCCGAAACGCAACAGUCCACAGGAGUCUUUCAACUUGGAUGUUAUUGAGAGGGCGACAAAGAGAGCUCGAACCAACACUCCAGAGUCUGCAAAGACACUUAACCACGAACAGCAAAAUAUCAGCCCUCACUUUGGUAGCCCUUACGAGUUGAUAAACCUAGCUGAGGAUAUCAUUUGA